AUGCGGAGUGGAGGUGGUAUGGUGGGGCAUACUAACGGGCAGCAGCAGCAACAGCAGCAGAAGCAGAAAUCAUGUGAAAACAAAUCUGCCACUCGUUUUGGCGAAUUGUCGUCGUGCGACGGCUCAAACCGGAAAACGUCGUCGUCGUCGUCGUCGCCGUCGUCAUCGCCGUCGUUCGCGCUAGACUCAGCCUUGCACGCCUCCCCAUGCGCGACCGCCGCUCUCGACCUUCUCUCGCUGCCUCCCGCCGAGGCAGCUUCGUUGCUGCAGCAACUCCUGGUCGAAGCGGGCGUCGCCAAGCGACCAGCGCCGCCCGGCGACAACGACGACAGUCGCACAGGCUUCGCCGCGUUCAGGCUUCGUUCGGGCGGCAAGAACCCCAAGCGGCCGCGGCCGCUGGUAGGACUGAAGAAUCUAGGCAACACGUGCUUUAUGAACGCGUGCGUGCAGUGUCUUAGCCACUCCAUGCCACUCGCGCUUUACUUUGUGCAAGAGACCGCCGCCGCCGCUAAGGGGCUUCCAUCCCCACGACCAGAACUGGCGGGGGUUGCGUCUGCGGCUAAUCGCACUGGGUUCGCUGGAAAUGGAUCGCCGGACGCAAUUGGCGGCGGCAGGUCAGGCGAACGGGUGGGAAUUAGGGAGGAGUCGCUGCGGGAAGCUGGCGAGGCGGUGGCUGCGGCUUUGUGUCGGCAGCAGCAGCAGCAGCAGCAGAAGCAGCAGCAGCAGCAGCCCAAGCGUUCAGCUGACGAGUUCAGUCGCGCGAGGGACAGCUCGUGCCGGUCAGGAAUUUCCGUCAGCGGGCCUUUGAGUUCGACGUGCUACCGUGGCUGCGGCGAUUCUGACGAGGGUCGCGCGACUGUCAAUUUCAGUGGACCGCUUCAUACGACGCCUGCGACUCAUGCGACGUUGUCGUCGUCGUUGCCGCUGGUGGAAUGCCGCGGCGGCUGCAAGAAGCCCCACUUAGGACAUGUUCGUAGCGACGGGUGCUUUAACCUGUCCUUCGGCUCCGCGUCCCCGAAAGUUCCGUGCCACGUCACGUCCUUAAAGAGCGGAUUAGUCUUCGGAGGCUCGUCGAUCGGAAGCCCGCUAUCCGUCCCCGUGGGUUGCGGUCUCAACGGCGGCCAUAGCCCCGCUGUCGGCCCCCCGCAUCUCCCCCUGCCGCGUGAUGCGGGCGCUGACGCGUGCGCGGACUCCCUGCGCGGGGCUCCCGCGGAGGUUGCGCGCGCAGCAUGCGCGGAAGGCGCGCGCGAGUGCGGAAGCGGAGGCGGAAGCGGCGGGGAGGAGGUGAAGGAGGUGUCGCGGAGUUUCGGGCGGCUGGUGACGGAGCUGUGGGCGGGGGAGGCGGCGGGCGCAAUCAGCCCCGCGGAGCUGCUUUCGAGCGUGCACAAGCACGUGCCGCACUUCGCGGGGUUCGGGCAGCACGACUCGCAGGAGUUUCUGCGAUCGCUGGUGGAUAAACUGGACGAGGAGACGAGGGGGCAGAGUGAGCUGCCAAAAUGCCACAGCCUGCCCGAAAAUCUCGACCAGCUGCCCGAAGCGGAGCAAGCUGAAGCUCUCUGGCGGCAGCACUGCGUGCGAUUCGCCAGCCCCAUCCAGCAAAUAUUUUGCGGGCAGCUGCAGAGCACGAUCGAGUGUCUGACGUGUCACCACCGCUCGCACUGCUUCGACCCAUUUCUGGACCUAUCUGUGCCCAUCCCCCGCCGCCGGUUCUUCUCCUUCCGCGCGCCCUCCAUCCGCGACUGCCUGGGGGAACUCCUGGCGGAAGAAAUGCUCCAGGGGGACAAUGCGUACUCGUGCUCGCACUGCAAGAAGCCGAGCAAGGCUGUGAGAAGACUGUCCAUCGUGCGCUUCCCCUCCAUCCUCGUUAUACACAUCAAGCGAGUGGCCUCAUCAGCCAUCUCCCUCUUUCAGAAGGAUUCUACCUUUGUCUCCUGCGACCUGCACAGCCUUGACCUCUCAAAGUUCCAAAGCUCACUCUCUCGAGAAAACGCCUCCAGAGAGCCUGUCACUCCCCCCAGCCCCGAGAGCCGAAGAAGCAGCAGCAGCAGCAGCGGCAGCAGCAGCGGCAGCAGCAGCAGUGGGACAGCCCCAGUGUACGAUCUAUACGCUGUGACGAACCACAUGGGGUCACUCUCAUCAGGUCACUACACAGCGCACUGCCGCAACCCUGCGGACGGGCAGUGGUAUCUGUUCAAUGACAGCGGCGUGUCGCCCAUUGCUGCUUCUGCCGUAAUCUCGUCCUCGGCUUAUGUUCUCUUCUACCAGCUGAGACACAAUCCUGAGGGUUUCUGA